AUGAAGGAUUUGGCUCAUGGUUACCAUGCCGACCAUAAUCUCAGGUGGCGAGGCGUCAAUGCGAGGUUAUGA